CAACACCCAUGAUUCACUGUGAUAUAAAACCACAAAACAUUCUUCUUGAUGAAGAUCUCACAGCUCAUCUGGGUGAUUUUGGUUUGGCGAGACUCGUUCCUGGAUUCAGUAAUGCACCGGAACCGCAUCUGUUUAGCUCACUUGGAGUUAUGGGAACCAUUGGCUAUGCAGCUCCAGAAUAUGGCAUGGGCAGUAAGGUCUCCAUAUUAGGUGAUAUGUACAGUUUUGGGAUUCUGAUAUUGGAGAUAUUCACUGGAAGAAGACCCACAGACCCUUUGUUCCAACCAAGCUCUAGUCUCCAUAACUUUGUGGAAACAGCACUGCCGGAGAACGUUAUGGAGAUUCUAGAUAAAACAGCUUUUCAUGGUGGGAUGAUGAGUAAAGCAACCUAUGGAGAAGAAUACUGGGCCAGUGUCAAGAAAGAACAGAUGGAAUGCUUGGUUGGCAUACUUGAGAUUGGAGUUGCAUGUUCAGCUGAAUCCCCAAGAGACAGAUUGACCAUGAGACAAGUUUACAGUAAGUUGACAGCAAUUAGAGAAAAAAUUCUAAGAGCAGAAGAUGCAUGAAGAGGAGAUUUGAGGCCACAGGCUACAAGUGAAAGCAUUGGAUUAUUUGAUUUAAAAGUUUAGCUAGUCUUACAUCCUGUCUUGUUGAGAGUUGCUUUAGGAAUGCACGUUUUUCUUUGUUUUUUUCUCUCCAGUUUUUUUAUGUACAAUCCUAGUUAAAUUAGGAGUCCUAUCUUUGGUAGAAAACUUAUUUGUUAUUUUAAUUUUGGUAGAAAUAGGUUGCUUCUUUGUCCUAAUUUUAGUUGUAAUAGCAAUUAUUUAAGUUGCUAAGUUGAUCAUCAAUAAUAGAUGGCUUUUACAAGAAC